AUGGCCACAGCUUGGAGGCUCCUCACCUGGACCCUCACCCUCGGCCUGGCCGGGGGCACCUUCCCCGGCUUCCCCUUCCAGUCACAAGAGGAAUUCCUCUCCAGCUUGGAUCACUAUGAGAUCGCCUUCCCCAUCCAAGUGGACCAGAACGGCGAUUUCCUCACCUUCGACAUGCGCCGCCAGCUGAAGCCACGGCCGCGGCGCUCGCUGCCCUACGAGCCCUCGGAGCAGCAGGUCUUCUACAAAGUCUCUGCCCACCACACCCAGUUCCUGCUCAACCUCACCCUGCACUCCAACCUGCUGGCCGAGCACUUCACCGUGGAGUACUGGAAGCGGGACGGAAUGGACUGGCAGCACGACUUCCAUGAGGACUGCCACUACGCCGGGCACCUGCAGGACCAGUACCUCAGCUCCAAGGUGGCCAUCAGCAACUGCAACGGGCUGCACGGGGUGAUCGUGGCAGAUGAGGAGGAAUAUUUCAUCGAGCCCCUGAGCCCUGGAGCCAACGUCAGCACGGGGGCAGAGGGCAAGGGCAGCCCCCACGUGGUGUACAAGCGCUCGUCCCUGCAGUACCCUCACAUGGAUGCAGCCUGUGGAGUGAUGGACGAGAAGCCCUGGAAGGGGAGGCACUGGUGGCUCCGGACACUGAAACCCUCCCCGCUGAAGCCCUCGGGCAACCACAGCCAGCGGGGCCAGCUGCCCCUGAAGAGGUCGGUGAGCACCGAGCGCUACGUGGAGACCCUGGUGGUGGCUGACAAGAUGAUGGUGGGCUACCACGGCCGCAGGGACAUCGAGCAGUACAUCCUGGCCAUCAUGAAUAUUGUUGCCAAACUUUUCCAGGACUCGAGUCUGGGCAAUAUUGUCAAUAUCCUGGUCACCAGGCUGAUCCUGCUCACCGAGGAUCAGCCCACGCUGGAGAUCAACCACCAUGCCGGGAAAUCCCUGGACAGCUUCUGCAAGUGGCAGAAAUCCAUCGUGAACAGGAACGGCAACGGGAACGCCAUCCCAGAGAACGGCAUCGCCAACCACGACACCGCCGUGCUGAUCACCCGCUACGACAUUUGCAUCUACAAGAACAAGCCCUGUGGCACCCUGGGCCUGGCCCCCGUGGGGGGGAUGUGUGAGCGGGAGAGGAGCUGCAGCAUCAACGAGGACAUCGGGCUGGCCACGGCCUUCACCAUCGCCCACGAGAUCGGCCACACGUUUGGCAUGAACCACGACGGGGUCGGCAACAGCUGCGGCUCGCGGGGGCAGGAGACGGCCAAGCUGAUGGCUGCCCACAUCACCAUGAAGACCAACCCCUUCGUGUGGUCCACCUGCAGCAGGGAUUACAUCACCAGCUUCCUGGACUCGGGGAUGGGAUUGUGCCUGAACAACGCUCCUCCCAAGCAGGAUUUCAUCUACCCCACGGUGGCCCCGGGCCAGGCCUACGAUGCCGACGAGCAGUGCCGCUUCCAGUACGGAGUCAAAUCCCGCCAGUGUAAAUACGGGGAAGUCUGCAGCGAGCUGUGGUGCCUGAGCAAAAGCAACCGCUGCAUCACCAACAGCAUCCCCGCAGCUGAGGGCACCAUCUGCCAAACCAACACCAUCGACAAGGGGUGGUGCUACAAGAGGGAGUGUGUGCCCUUCGGGACGCGGCCGGAGGGCGUGGACGGAGCCUGGGGCUCGUGGUCAUCGUGGGGCGAGUGCAGCCGGACGUGCGGCGGCGGCGUCUCCUCGUCCGUGCGCCACUGCGACAGCCCCAGGCCCACCAUCGGAGGGAAGUACUGCCUGGGAGAGAGGAAACGCUACCGCUCCUGCAACACUGAUGACUGCCCGCCGGGCUCGCAGGAUUUCCGAGAGCUGCAGUGCGCCGAGUUCGACGGCGUGCCCUUCCGAGGGAAGUACUACACCUGGAAAACCUACCGGGGAGGGGGUGUCAAGGCGUGCUCCCUCAACUGCCUGGCCGAGGGCUUCAACUUCUACACGGAGAGAGCGGCGGCCGUGGUGGAUGGAACGCCCUGCAGGCAGGACUCCAAUGACAUCUGCGUCAACGGGGAGUGCAAGCACGUGGGCUGUGACCGGGUGCUGGGCUCCGACUCCAAGGAGGACAAGUGCCGGGUGUGCGGGGGCGACGGCAGCUCCUGCGAGACCAUCGAGGGCGUCUUCAACCACUCCCUGCCCGAGGGAGGUUAUGAGGAGGUGAUCCAGAUCCCCAAGGGUUCUGUGCACAUCGACAUCCGGGAGCUGAACCUCUCCAUCAACUACCUGGCGCUGCGAGGGGACAGUGGGGAAUAUUUCAUCAACGGGAAGCUCUCCAUCGAUCCCCCCCGGCGCUUCGACAUCGCCGGCACCACCUUCCACUACAGGAGGUCCCCUGAGGAGCCCGAGUCGCUGGAGGCUUUGGGACCCACCAACAUCACCCUCUUUGUCAUGGUGCUGGUGAGGACAGAGCUGCAGGGGAUCCGCUACAAGUUCAACGCUCCCGUGGGCAGGGACGGCUCCAGCCUCUACUCCUGGCACUACACCCCAUGGACCAAGUGCUCUGUGCUGUGUGCAGGGGGCAGCCAGAUCCAGUCUGUGGUGUGCAGGAAGCUCUCUGAUGGCUCAACUGUCCCCAACCACUUCUGCAGCGCUGACACCAAAGUGCCCGAGCGACAGAGGAGCUGCAACACCGAGCCCUGUCCCCCUGCCUGGGCCAUUGGGAACUGGUCCGAGUGCAGCCGCAGCUGCAACGAGGGCGUCCGGACCCGCAGCGUCUUCUGCAAGAGGAAGAUCUCUGCCAGCGAGGAGAAAACCCUGGAUGAUGCCUCCUGCAGCCAGCCACGGCCCAAGAUGCUGGAGCCCUGCAACAACCAAACGUGUCCUCCCGAGUGGGUGGCCCUGGACUGGUCGGAGUGCACCCCGAGCUGCGGGCCCGGCUUCCGCCACCGCAUCGUGCUGUGCAAGAGCGGCGACCACAGCGUCACCCUGCCCACCUCCCAGUGCCACGAGGCCACCAAGCCCCCCACCAGCAUGAGGUGCAACCUGCGGCGCUGCCCCCCACCCCGCUGGGUCACCGGCGAGUGGGGAGAGUGCUCUGCCCAGUGUGGCCUGGGCCAGCAGAGGAGAUCCGUCCAGUGCCUGGCCCACACCGGGCAGCCGUCCAUGGAGUGCGUGGAGGCCCUGCAGCCCCCUGGGAUGCAGCAGUGCGAGACCAAGUGCGAGUCGGGGCCCACGGACAACCCUGAAGAGUGCAAGGAUGUGAACAAGGUGGCCUACUGCCCGCUGGUCCUCAAGUUCAAGUUCUGCAGCCGGACCUACUUCCGACAGAUGUGCUGUAAAACUUGCCAGGGCCACUAG